AGCGUUACCUUCAUUGAGGUCCCUCCAUAGCCCUCAACCGCGGCUGGAGAGUUCCGGCCUCGUCGGGUACGACGUCGGAGAAGGAGGAGGAAGAAGCGGCGGCCCCGCCCAGUGCCCCCCUCCCUCCGAGCUGCUUCCCAUCCCCGGGGGCGUCGCGCGGCAGACUGGAGCCCUCCCGCUGUAGGGGCGCUCGCGUGAAUGGCCGGGCGCCUUGCAGGGCAUGGCGGGGGCGUCAAUCGAGUCCCCCUGCUCGUGGCUUGAAAAGAGGCGGGGACGGCGGCAGCCCCGCCACUAGCACCGCGGCGGCGCCGCUCCGACAAGAGGAGAAGCGGCCCCGUGGAAGGAGGCGACUCGGGGCAAGGGAGGCGGGUUGCAGCAGCAGCAGUUGCUCCUGCUGCUGCUCCUCCUCGGUAGCCGGGCCAGUGGAGAGCGCCGAAGGACACAACUCUGGCCCUGCUGGCUGGUCUGGGUGCGUGAAGCCCCCGGAGGCGCCGGCCUGAUGGCUGCGGGACCCCCUCCCGGCUGAGCGCCUGCGCCGGCCUCGGGAUCGGCGCCCCUGCUGUCAGGCAGGAGGCGCGCUCCGCUCGGAGGGGAGGGGAGGGCUCCAGCGCAGCGCGCCCCCGUCCGCCUGUCUGUCCGUCGGUCCCGCCGUGCACGAGCCGGGCGCUCCCGCCGUGCCGCCAUCUUCCUCUGUCUGUCUGUCUGCCAGCCCGGGCGGCCCUUUGUCCUCCUGCAGCGCUGCUGGGCGAGCCCAGGCCGGGCGACGGAGUCAGGUGCGCCCCCCCCGGGGGGGGAACCAUGUCCCGUCGGAAACAGACCACCCCCAAUAAAGUCCACUGUCAUGUUGGAAAGGAUGCGAAGGGACGGAUUGGUCAGGCCACCGUUGCUUUGCAGGAAGGGUUUGGGGAAAGCUGUUUUGGGGAAUGGAGCCCAGGCAUUAGUCCCAUUCUGGGCCAUCUUCAGGGGAGCAAGUCUUUGCUGGGUUAGAAGAGCACACACGUCAGGCCAUGAUGCGAAGAGACUUCCCUGGGCUGCUUGGAGCCCAGUCACCACUCAUGCAGCAGCUGCCACCUCCGCCACAAGAAAAGGACUCCAGCAGCAGCAGUAGCAGCAGCAGCAACAGUGAUAGCGAGGGGGAUGAGACAACACAAGAUGAGGUCUCCUCCCAUGCUUCUGAGGAGGACGGAGCAUCAGCGACAGUGAAAAAGGAACUGGAACUUACUGAGCAGCUGGGCUGCAGCAAGCAGGUCGCUCGAGGCCAUGAGAUGGGUUUAAAUGCCAGCCCAGAUACCCUGAUGGGACUCUCCCGUUGUCCCCUCUGCCAGCUAGAGUGUGGAAGCAGGGAGCAGCUUGUCACUCACGUCUAUCAGCAUACGGCAGCUGUGGUCAGUGCCAAGAGCUACCUGUGUCCCGUCUGUGGCCGAGCACUCAGCUCCCCGGGCUCCUUGGGCAGGCACCUCCUCAUCCACUCCGAGGACCAACUGUCCAACUGUGCGGUGUGUGGGGCUCGCUUCACCAGCCAUGCUACUUUCAACAGUGAGAAGGUGUCAGAGGUGCUGUGUGGAGAUGCCCUGCCCAUUCCCCUCCCUGAGGCUUCUUCUGGUGCCGAGGAAAAAGCAGGUGGUGGCGCUGCUGCUGUCAGCCCCACAGUGUAUCCUGCUGGCAUCCUCCUGGUGUGCAACAGCUGCGUGGCCUACCGCAAGCUUCUGGAAGCUCAAGCUCCAGGGGUUCGCAAGUGGGCCUUGCGAAGGCAGAACGAGCCCCUGGAGGUGCGGCUGCAGCGCCUGGAGCGAGAGCGCACAGCUAAGAAGAGCCGUCGAGACAACGAGACGCCGGAGGAGCGGGAGGUGAGGCGCAUGAGGGAUCGAGAGGCCAAGCGGCUGCAGCGCAUGCAGGAGACGGACGAGCAGCGUGCACGCCGCCUGCAGCGGGACCGUGAAGCAAUGCGCCUCAAGCGGGCCAAUGAGACCCCUGAGAAGCGGCAGGCUCGGCUCAUCCGGGAGCGUGAAGCCAAGAGGCUAAAGCGGCGGCUGGAGAAAAUGGACAUGAUGCUGCGGGCACAGUUUGGCCAGGACCCCUCGGCCAUGGCUGCAUUGGCAGCCGAGAUGAACUUCUUCCCACUGCCAGUGGGUGGGCUAGAGCUUGAGGGGCAGCUGCUUGGUAAAAUGGCCUUUGAGGAGCCGAGUCCCAGUGCCCUGCACUGAGGAGGGUAAAAAGGAGGACCUGCUCUUGUCUGCUGAGGCCCUACUUGCUCCGCCAGUGAAGCAUGGAACUGGAGUGUGACAACGGUCUGAGAGGGGCAGGGAGGAAGGAAGGGGCGGGCGCACUGGCUGUGAUCAGAAAUAAAUUAAUUGUACAUGU